AUGCCCUCGCAGACCACCAACACCCCGGAGGGCAGCGGCGGCGGCAUCACCAAGACUCGCGGCGCGCAGACGCUGCUCCCGCUCACCGUCAAGCAGAUUAUGGACGCGUCCCAGACCAACGACGACAAGUCCAGUUUCGUUGUCAAUGGCACCGAGGUGUCCACGGUUGGGGCUGGCUGCAGUGCAAGUGCAAGGAUUGUGCAGUCAUGUACUGACGUGAAGGUUAGGCUUGUAGGACGCAUGAUGAAUAAGGCAGAGCGGAUCACAGAUGUACGAUUCAUUCUUGAUGAUGGUACAGGCAGGAUAGAAGUGAAUCGCUGGGCAAAUGAGACAUCGGACAAUACAGAAAUGGGUUUAGUCAAGGAUGGUGACUAUGUUAUUGUCAAUGGUGGACUGAAAGCCUUUCAAGGGAAGCGUCACAUUGUUGCUUAUUCCGUGCGGCUUGUAACCAACUACAAUGAUAUAACACAUCACUUUCUGUACUGCAUUUAUGUGCAUUUGGAUCUUGCCAAGGCUAAGAAAUCUGCGACGCAGCCCCAAGUAACUGCUAAUGCAUCAACAUGGAACCAAGCUCCACCCCCUAAUAAUCAGGCCCCAACACUAUCUGCAUCUGGGAAUGCUGGUGGGCAAGAGUUAACUGAUAUGGUCAUGAAUGUUUUUCAUGACCCAGUGCUUGUAAACCUGGACCAUGGAGUUAGUAUCGCACAGGUUGCAAGCCGUCUUAACAUAUCAGAUGCAGUUGCCAGGUCGACUGUUGCACAUCUUAUUGAUCUUGGCAACCUCUAUCCAACUAUCGAUGACAACCAUUACAAGUCUACACUGAAUGGUUGA